GCAAUAAUAGCAAUAAUAGAAUAAUAACAGUAGUACCAAAUUCCAACAACUUUACAGAUAAGGAGUAUGGUAUGGUACCUUCUCUCUCUCAAAGUCAAUGAAUGACCUAUGAAUGAGGGUCCAUAUUGAUUCCUUUUCCAACCCCCAAAAAUCCCUUCUAUCAUCUAAUCACACCCUCAAUUAGGAAUCAGAUUUCUGAAUUGCAUCCUUCUAAUUCAUCACUUUGAUUUGAUCAAUUGGGUCCAAAAGGGCCAAUUUUUUUUUGUAAUUUUUUUAUUGGGAACUAUUGUUGAUGAAAAAACAUGAUUUUUUAGAUCGAUUUGUUGAUGGGUCAUCCUGAGACAUUGUUGUAAUUGAAAAAUUUCGUUAAUUUUCUUGUAAAAUGGAGGAGCAAGCUUUUUUAGGUUAUGAACCAUUUGUUAAUGUUGGAAGAGAUGAGGAAGAAGAAGAUGAGUUUUGCAGUUGUUGUGAAGAUGAAGAAGAAAGAGAACAACAACUAGAAGAAGAAUGGAAAGAAACUGAGGAGACAGUGGUGGUGGAAGGGUUGAAGGAAGAGCUUGAUGAAUUUUCAGUAAGAAUGUACUUUAAGGGUUUGUCAAUAACUGGGGUUGAAAAUUCAACUACAGGGUUUUCUGGAAUUGGAGUGUACAUGGAAAGAUCAUCGAACUUUUCUCCUAUAAGGGUGCAGAAAAGGCUUGAUUUUUAUGCUGAGGAGCCUAUGGUUGAUUACUUGGCACUCAUGGAUGGUUUGUUGGAAGCUUUGCAGAACAAGAUCCGUAGGGUUUAUGCUUUCACAGAUUCUGAAUUGUUGUAUAAGACAACAUUUGAGAAAAAUUUGGACAUGCCACUUUUGAUGGCAUUGAAAGAAAGGAUUCUGGAACAUGCAGAUAAUUUUGAAACUUUUGAUCUGAAGCUUAUAUCAAGCACUGAUCUUGAGCAGCCAUUGCAGUUAGCCAAAGUAGCUAUGGGACUUGUCACUUUUCCAGUAAAUGAAAAAACAUCACUUGAGAAUUGUUCUAUUUGUUGCGAUGACAAGCCAGUGCCAAUGAUGAUUACCUUGAAAUGUUCACACACUUUCUGUUCACAUUGCUUGAGGUCCUAUGCUGAUGGUAAACUGCAAUGUUGUCAAGUCCCUGUAAGAUGUCCUCAACCAGGAUGCAGAUAUUGUAUCUCGGCACCCGAGUGCAAGACUUUUCUUCCAUUCACCUCCUUUGAAUCUCUCGAGAAAGCCCUUUCAGAAGCAAAUAUUGGUCAGUCAGAAAGAUUUUAUUGUCCGUUUCCGAAUUGCUCAGUUCUCCUUGAUCCUUGCGAGUGUUUGUCGGCAAUGGAUGGUUCAUCUAGUCAGUCAGACAAUUCUUGUAUCGAGUGUCCUGUUUGUCAGAGGUUUAUAUGUGUGGAUUGCGGUGUUCCUUGGCAUUCUUCCAUGAGCUGUGAAGAAUAUCAGCAUUUGCCAGAGGAGGAGAGAGAUGCUUCUGACAUUAGCUUGCAUCGUCUUGCACAGAAUAAAAGGUGGAAGCGUUGUCAGCAGUGUCGUAGAAUGAUUGAGCUUACUCAAGGUUGUUACCACAUGACAUGCUGGUGUGGUCACGAAUUCUGCUAUUCUUGUGGCGCAGAAUACAGGAAUGGCCAACAAACAUGUCAAUGUGCAUUUUGGGACGAAGACAGCUUGACAAACUCCCUUCAAGAAUCAGAACAAUGGGCAUGGGAGACUUCUAUGAUCAUGGAUGCGUACUCAGAUCAAGAACGGUCACAACUCGCGCUUAUACAACGGUUCCUUGACGGCGGUUUUAGUCUCAGUGACCACAAUCCCUACCAAUCUCCUCCUCCUCCUCCUCCUCAAUGUACAGAAUCCUUUGUAGACCCCUUGAAGGAUCUUCAUCAACUUCCAUGGCUAGAGAGAUUUGUUUCUGUGAUAAGUGACAACUACUAUGAAGAUUACAUGCAAUAAAAUUCUUCACAUCAUACAAUGCAUGUUUGGAUUGUUGGUAUGUUUGGCAGAAUCACACUUUUGCCAUGAUUUUGGUAAAAGCUACAUUUUUGUGCUUCAACAGAAUUGAACGCAUUGCUGUAAUUUCGACAAAAUCACCGUAUCAGUGUGAUUUUGUCAAACUCAUUGACAAUUCAAACAUGCAAAUAGUUAGUUCAUCAACUUUAUACAAUCACAUGCAGAAAGUUUAUGCCAACACUUCUUAUCAUGUGUAGUAAUCAUGUCAUGUGAUUUCUUUUAUGUUCUCCACUUUGAUAUCUUUGACCUAAGGUUCAUGGAUAUUACAUUAAAGUGAACAAUCUGUGUUCAUGAUGAUUCUCUUUAGAGAAAGUAAAAGAAGAAAAAAAAGGAACAUUGGAAGAGAAACUAGAUUGUUUGUGGUUUGGCAAUAAUACAUUGUUAAACAAUUGAAAGAAAUUCAUGAUUUUGUUUUUCACCUUCUAAUAA